AUGGAUUAUUUACUAAGACGUGAAAGACUUCGAUUGGCAAAAGACUUAAUUAAUCAACGAUUACUAGAACAAACAAUGGAUCUUGAAAGACAACAUGAAAACGAUCUUCGACGAGAAUAUCAAUCAAUAAUGCAUGAUAUUCAGAGUUCGGACAGGCGACGACAAGGUCGAUCACAUUCUCAAACAAGUGAUUAUAGAGAUAGUCGUCAUCGAUAUGAUUCAGAUGAUAUCUAUGAAGAACCACCAAGAUAUAGAAGUGGUAGUGUUUCUCAAUAUCGUCACUCUCGCCCUCAUCAUCAUCAUCGAAGUGACUCAAGUGAAUGUUCUUUAGUUACAUUAACUUAUCGUAGUUCAGCGGCAAGUAGACAUGGUGAUGAGAUAAUGAUUGUUCAAAAUGGUAGAACUGUUUUUAAAGGUUGUUUAACAUGUGGAGAUCAAUUAACAUUUAAAUCAAAACGUUAUAGAGAUAAUCCAAGAAUAAAAUUAGAUUUUUAUAUAAAUGAUAUACUUGAAGAUCGAAUAAUAGCUUGUUGUGAACAUGCAUUAAUUAAAAGAGAUGAAAAUCAUUUUUUUCAAAUUGAUCAUAUUGUUGGAUCAAAAUCUUGUCAACAAUGUCAAUUAGAAAGUUCUACAAGCUCACCAAGUCCAUCCCCAUCCCCUCCAAUUUCACGACAUAAAAGAUCAUCAACCAUAACAAAUAAUGAACAAAGACAAAUAUCAUCAACAACAAGACAACGAUCAUCUAUACAUACUACAAACCAUUCUCAAAAAUCUAAACCACCAGUAUCAUUAAAUAAUCGAGGACGAACAAGUGAAAAUCGAAAAUUAAGAACCGAAACAAUAUCAACUAAUCAAAAUAAUUAUCAAUUAUCAGCAAAAAAAAGACCAACAACACUUUCUGUUCUACAGUCAGAUCCUGAAAAAGCUUCAAGUGAAGGUUUUUCAGCUGAUAUUUUUGAAUAUCCUAAUUCUCAACCAUUAACAUCUAUUCAAUCAAAAAAUAAACAACAACGACAACAAAUUGAACAAAAUUCAAGAAAUUUCAUACGAAUUUCAUCAUCUACUGAUCAAGAAUUAUUACUACCAACACCAACACCACCACCACCCACAGCACCACCCAAACGAAUUCAUGGUCCUCCUCAAUUAUCAACAAUGUUAUCUGUUAGUGAUAUACUUGAUUCACCAUUUGAAAUACAAUUUGAUACUCAUGAAGAAACAAUUGAAAAUUUAAAAAGUCAAAAAUCUGAAUCAUUAAAUAUCCAAGAACAAAAAGAUUCUCAUACUGAUUCAGAUAAUGAAAAUAGUCAAACAAAUGAAUUUGUUCAAUUUCUUCGAUCAAUGUCAUCAAACGUUGAAAAUACUCAAAAUGAACAAAGACUUCAACAAAUGCCAUCUAUAAGUAUUAGUUCUAAUCGUGAUUUAUCAACUGUUAAUGAUGGAACUCAAUUAUUACUUACACGACUUGGCAUUAUUAGACAACAACAAGUCGAACAUAAUGAAGCAUCAAUUGGUAAUGCUCCUCGACAAAAAGGAAAUGUUGAAUAUUUUAUUCUUGUUUAUUUAAAUUCAACAUAUCCUGAUGAUUCUAUAAUAAAAAAACUUCGUAGUCUUGUAAAUUUCUUGAAAAUUUUUGAUGAUAUUGAUGAUUGUAUGGCUUUUAUCAAUAGUAUAUCAAAUGAAAAAAUUAUAUUUAUUUUAUCAGAUAUAUUUACUAAUUCAAUACUUCCAAGAAUUGAAAAUCUUCAACAAAUUUUUACUAUUUAUAUUUUAUGUGAAAAUAAUCAAAAUAAACAAAAUUUUAAUUAUCAAAAAACAAAAAUAAAAGGUUUUUAUAAUAAUAUAAAUGAUAUAUAUCAACAAAUGUCAAUUGAUAUAAAUGAAGUAACACGUGAUUUAAUAGCUUAUAUGAAUUUAUCAUCAAAUUCUAGUACACCUGAUCCAAUGUUUAUUUAUUCACAAUUAAUAAGUGAAAUAAUACUUGAUAAUGAUGAAACUGAAUAUGCUAUGAAAGAAUUAAUAAAUUUUGCACGUCAAGAAUAUGAUGGAAAUGAACAAGAAUUAUCUAUUAUUGAUGAAUUUGAAAAUGAUUAUGAUAAAAGUCGAGCUAUUUGGUGGUUUACAAGACAAUGCUUUCUAUCAAAAAUGUUAAAUAAAGCUCUUCGCAUACCAGAAGCUGAUGUUUUAUUUAAACUUCGUUUAUUUAUACAAGAUUUAUAUCAUCAAAUUGAAAAUGAAUCAAUAUCAAAUACAUCUUUAAUUGUUUAUUUAGGUCAAACAAUACAUCAAAAUGAUUUAGAUGAUUUACAAAAAAGUUUAAUAAAUCAUGGUUUACUUGUAUUUAGUCAAUUUUUAUUUGGUUCAACUGAUUUAUCAAAAGCUAUUCAAAUAGCUAAAAAUCUUCCAAAAUUAUCUGAUGAAUAUAUAUCUGUUAUACUUCAUUUAAAUGUACCAUUAAAUAUGAAAUGUGCUAAUACAUGUUCACUUCGAUAUAAUGUUGAUGAUAAUAAUGAUGUUUUAUUAAAUAUGGGUAUUAUUGGACGUUUAACAAAAAUUGAAAAAAAUUCUAAUAAUAAUAAUAAUGGUAUAGCAUCUAUAUAUUUAACAUUAAUUAAAUGUGAAAAUGAACAUUCUAUACAACGAAUGCUUGAAAUAAAACGAAAUGAAAUAAAAGGUGCUGCACCAUUUGUUUCUUUAAUUAAAUUAAUGAUAAUAAUGAAUCAACAAACACGUGCUGAACAUUUAGUUCAAAUGAUAUUUAAUGAUGAUACAUUAAAAUCUGAUCCAAAUCUUCAAGGUUCAAUAGCUGCAUCAUGUCAUAUACUUGGUGCUGGUUGUCAUGCACGUGGUGAUUAUAAACGUGCUAUUGAAUUAUUUCAUUUAUCAUUAGAUACAUUUUUACGAUUUGUUUCACCUGAUGCUGUACAAUUAUCACCAACAUAUAAUAAUAUUGGUUCAAUGUAUUUUCGUCAAGAAGAUUAUAUUAAAGCACUUGAAUAUCAUCAAAAAGCUCUUGAUGUACAAUUACAUUCACAUAAUCCUAAUUUAUCAGCUAUUGCUUCAUAUUCAAAUAAUAUUGGUGUUGUCUAUUUAAAACAACGUAAAUAUAUUGAUGCAGCUAAAUCAUUUGAUCGUGCUUUAAAAAUUCUUCAACAAUUAAAUGAAUUAAAUGAUCCAGAUCUUGCAUCAACAUAUGAUAAUUUAGGUGAUGCUUAUAUUUUACAAGAUCAAUAUGAUGAUGCUUUAAAAUAUUAUUGUAAAGCACUUGAAAUUCAACAAUCUAUUGAACCACGUAAUCCUCAAGCACUUGCAUCAUUUAAUAAUAGUAUUGGAAAUGUUUAUAAUAAAAUGCAUCGUUAUAAUGAUGCACUUAUUCAUUUUAAAUGUGCUUUAGAUAUUCAACAAGAAUAUUUAUCAUCAACACAUCCAUCACUUGCAUCACUUUAUAAUAAUAUUGGUUCAAUGUAUUAUCGACAAGAACAAUAUGCUGAUGCAUUACCAUGUUAUUUAAAAAGUCUUGAAAUUGAAUUAAUGUGUUUACCUGAUAAUCAUCCAACAAUUGCUGUUACACAUUUUAAUAUUGCAACAACAUAUACAGGUUUAGGAAAAUUUGAAGAAGCUAUUGCAUCAACAGAAAGAUCAAUUGAACAAUUAUUAAAAACAUUACCAUCCGAUCAUCCAGAAGUUCUUGAAAAUCUUUCUUAUAUUGAAACAAUUAGACGUAAACAAAUGCUCAAAGGACUUUUUGAUACUAAUCUAACAAAUUAUUAG